AUGGACAAACCAGAAUUAAUUGCUGAUAUAAAUUUUGUGACAAACAAUUUCGGCAUGAUCCCUGAAAUAAUUCAAACUUUGGAGUCUUCAAAAGUUUCCGUACAAUUCGCCCUGGAAAAACUUAACGAAUUAAAAACUAAAAUUGACGCAGUGCCAGGAGAUGUAGGAAUUCGUUUACAGGAAAAGAUGGCUGCUGUUUUACAAAGAAAUCCUGAUUUAGAAAUAGUAAAGUGUUUAAAAGAAAAAUUUGGUACCGAGUCUUAUUGGUAUAGCGAUAUACCAGUAGACGCUUUCCAGUUUGCCCCAUUAACGUCUGUGGAUUGCGAAAGAUCUUUUUCGGCUCAUAAAUAUAUUUUAGAUGUAAAAAGAAAUAAGUUAACAAACACUAACCUAGAAAAACUACUUAUGAUAUAUUUUAACAAGAAUUCAAUGUGUAAAUACUGCAGCUGCGAUAUACUGAUUGCAAGAGGAAAGGGAGAAUUAAAAAACAGCACUACCGGAAAGCACUCGAAAUCAGUAUCAUCUGCUAAAUCGCAACCAUCUGUAUCGUCAAUAUUUGGAAAACCAACAAAAAAUCUAGAAGAAAAGGGAAGGGAAGGCGUUCUGCGACUUGCUGGAUUUAUAGCAGACCACAACUUGCCUAUACGAUUAAUGGAACAUAUUCCAAACUUAAGUGAAAAACCACAGUUACAUAGAAUAUAUGAAGAGGUCACAUGUGUUUUGAAAACCCUCAUGGAUUGUUUUAUUAAACGAGAUAUUUUAGAGAAGAACAUGGUAUAUGAAAUUGAUUACAAAAAUCCAAGAAAUUUCUUACCUAUUGACGAUAUGUACUUUGAAGCAUCAAUUGCUAGUUGGAGAAAGAUAAGAUCGAUUUCCACACCUAUACUCGAAGAGACUGUGUUAAAAGCCGCGCCAGGCUUAGACCUUGAAGAAAUAAAAGAAGAACUCGAGUUUGAAAGAGUAUCGGUAAUCGAUGUUAUCAGACUAAGAAGCAAAUCAGAAAAUAUAGAAAACCACUCCUAUCAACUGCGCGUUAAAAAAGAACAAAAUUUAAAAGAACUUCAUAAAAUAACAGGGGUACAAAACAACAAAGUGAAAUGGGAAUCAUAUGCCAAGAAAAAUAAAAUAACUCAGUGUUAUAGGUGCCACGAAUUCGGCCACAGUCAGGCAAAUUGUCACAAGGAACCCAAAUGCGUAAAAUGCGCGGAAGGAUACCAAACAAAUCAAUUACCGCUGCCAAAAAAUAGAAAAAACAAAGUAACGUGUAUCAACUGCAAUGGUAUGGCCCCCACAGGGGCAAAACCUAAAAACUUGGACGGAAUGUCCAAGGAAAACAAGGAAGAGGAAAGUAUAGUGGAAUUUCUAAAGGACACCAAUAGAAAAUUAGUCAAGCAGGUUGAAAACCUCAACAAUCAAGUGGCAAAUUUAACACUACAAGUAGCUACUCUCCUAGCACUACUAGGAGACAACAAACAGCAAAUUAAGGAAAAACCAGCCGAGGAAGUCAUCACCGAGGCAAUGGCUACCGACCUACCAGUCAGUGAAGACGAGUAUCACGAAGUGAUCUCAAGAAAAACCCGAAAAAGGGGGCGAAAAUCCACAAGUGGCGCUGGGAAUUUCUCAUCGUCCGAGGAAGACGACUCCAACGGCAAAAACUUAACUCCCCGGAACGGUUCAAAAAAUCGCAGAUGCAAAUCUCCGGCUUUUUCACCGCCCAGGGAUGAAAGUGUUACAGUCGAAAAUACGGGACGCUUGGGUGCGAGUAAGGGGUUCAAUCGGCCGGUUAACGGUCGAGCCUUCGAGGCAUGUAAGCCCCCGCUAUUUAAGACUAUAACGCCAACGGCGACGAAAUCUAAGAACGAUGAAUUCCCACCGCUACCGCUGAGGACGCAAAUACCGAUUUUGACAAAACCGAUUAUGACAAAAAAACCGCCUACACAUGCACCAGGAGGCACUGAACCUGUGAAAGCGACAGCCGACGUGGUUAUUACAGGGCGUGAUGAAACCCUUAACGCCAUGGCCGAGCCGAAACAGUCGAAAGUACCACCGGUGGUAGUGGAAAGCGGUGCCAAAAACUGGCCAGAAACAAGACGUGGCCUAGUAGAAAGGGGUAUCCCUUUCACUAAAGCCGCUACACGAAACGAGGAAUUGAAAAUCUGGCCAGCAACCUCAGAUGCGUGCAGGGCUACGACAAAGUACCUGGACGAAAAGAAAGCCAAAUAUCAUACAUACAGGCUAGAAGAUGAAAAAUGCCACAAAUGUGUCAUCCGAGGACUCCCUAAGGAAACCGAGAAUGAGGGUGAUUUGGACCAAGAGGCUCAAACAAAAGAAGAGGGAAAUCAUGUUCUUAAUACUCCAUCAUUUUCGCAAUGGAAACCUUACACCUUAAAGAGAAAGACCACAGAAUGUUUGCAAAAUCUGAUAAUGAAUAUUAUUGAUAUGCCUCGGAGAUCAUUAUAUAUGAUGUUUAAAGAAUGCACGGCAAGAAAAUUAGAUGACAAAGUGUCAUUUAUAGAACAUAAACUCCGUGAACGGACGAAAUGUCCCCAAAACGAGUUACAAACGUUGAGUUAUGAUUUAAGACAUUUUAAAUCAGAUUUAAAAAAGAGGUGGACAUUGUCCAACUAUAUUGAAGAAAGGUUUCUUACAAAAAACGAAGAAUGGCUUAAUGGUUCAGUUUCAAUACAUACCUGGACAUCGCGUGUAAAGGCGGGAAGGCCAAGCAAGGAAUUCCAAAAAUUGUCUGAUCGUAGUAAGCGGCGAAAAACUAAAGAACUCCGGGAACAGGUACCUGUCGAUGAACUAACUUACGCAGCUAGUGUUAGUCAACGUACUUCAGGAAACGCCGCGGCAUCUAAAAUUAUAAAAGAUGUAACUGCUUCACCGACAACAGCCAAAAAGUUCAGAAAAGCCAUUGAUGCUCAACAAUCGAAAACUGCAAAGAAAUACACACCUAAAGAAGCAUUAUCCUUAUUCGUCGAAGGCGACUUCACAAGGAAACAGUGGGAGCUACUACACGAUUCGAAUAAGAGUAUUUACCCUUGUUACACCCUUAUUAGAGAAGCAAAGAAUGAUUGCUAUCCGAAAGAAGAGGCAAUGCGAGUUACGGAGACCUCUGCAGAAGUUUGUCUUCAAGACUUACUCGACCACACCGUUUCAAGACUUUGCCUAUACCUUGAGGAAGUUCUUGAAAAUUGCACUGAGGCAGAAUUGGAAAAUCUGGAACUUAUAACAAAAUGGGGUUGUGACGGUUUACAUCAAACCCAGUAUCAACAAAAGUUUUCAGAAGCUUCUUGUGAUGACUGGCAAAAUCCCACGCCAUCAUCCACGCGUUUCUGUCGACCGAUUCGCAUUCGGUUUCGGCAUGAAACUGUCGACAUUACAAAGGAGAAAAUAAAAUAUAUAGAGGACCAAGCUAAGCAAUUACGCAGUACCGUAAUACCAAAUUUAAAGGGAGUGAGUUAUGUACGGCAUACAUUGCUUCUGACAAUGGUUGAUGGUAAGGUGUGCAAUUCGGCAACGAGCACAACCUCAACCAUGAGAUGCUACAUAUGUGGAAAAACUUCUAAAAGCUUUAAUGAUUAUGAAAAUCCGGGUGUGGAGGAAUCCCAGUCGUUAAGAUUUGGCUUGUCAAUUCUUCACGCCAGGAUCCGUUUCUUCGAGACCAUAUUACAUCUUGCAUACAAACUCCCUCUGAAAAAAUGGCAGGCCAAAACACCUGAAGAUAAAAAGGCGGUUAAAGAAAACAAGGAACGAAUCCAAAAGGAAUACAGAGAACGGACCGGCUUAAUAAUAGAUAUGCCAAAAGCAGGUUUUGGCAACACUUCACGAAGGUUUUUUAGUGACCCGGACCUAGCCGCUGAAAUUACAGGCAUUGAGAAAGUUUUUAUACAAAGACUUAGGUUAUCCUAG